UACUCAAUUACUUGUGACAAUCACAAAUUUUUAUAAUCGUGUGUCUAUUUUUAUAAAUUUUUGAGUGUUGUGUUGUGAAUUCAGUUAGUUUGAGAGUUAAGGAGAUUUUCUUAAAUGGUUAGAUAACUUUGACUAGGGAGUGGACAAAUUUCAGUAAGCGGUACGGUAAUUUUCCUCAAGCGGCUAAAACCAUAUGGAUAUUUAACGAACCGGUCAUUUUUACAGAUUUUUUCUCUUCACGACUUACUAAUGACUCGCGCGAUAACGAAUAUUAUCGCUGUUUCGACAUUAGUCAAGUCAAUUGUUUAACAAGUUUUAGUACUUCGGUUUUAGUGACUGCGCAUAUCUGUCCUAAUCCACUCACAAUAUGUGACAACUAUAAAAGUAAAAGAUAAGAGAAAAACACUCGAAUAAAGAAAUAAAAAUGGAGGUGUCGAUUUUUCCAGAAUCAUUCGUCAUUGGGAUUUUUUAAAAUAAAUCGCAAGUACUCAGGAAAAUGGAAAAAAGUGAUUUUAUGGGAGUGGAUAAACAUUCAGAAUCAGGAGGUAAUCGUGAAAAUUCUGGAGGCUUUUGACCGGUGGAACUUGACAUUCAAAAAAAUUGUAUUCACGCGAUAUUCAUUACAUAACUCCACAAGGCAGAAUACACUGAAACCUUCGGGGCUGUUCCUAAUAGUUUAGCCUCAACGAGUUCUAAAACGUCCAUAAGCCGUCAUAAAUCAUCGGAUUAAUGCCAUUACAAUGGACCCCAUUAGAUGUAUUCAGUUAAAAAUGAGAGCAACAACAGAAAAAAGUGUUUUUUCGCUAUAUUCGCCUUUUUCAUUCAUUAAGAAUAUCUAACAAAAUAAAUCAUAACUCAUGACUCUAAGCCAUGCAAGUCUUAUGAAAAAUAUUUCAAUAGAAUAAAUUGUACAGAAAAAUCGAGUUCACUCCACGUUUAUCAAAUUUCUUCUUCAAAAUUUUCCCCUUUUGUUGUACACGAACAGAAAUUUCAGAUGAAAAUUUCUGUAACUUAAUGGUGUGGUGUAAUGAUAAUUCAGGAAUUCCUAGAACAAAAUCUGAGUGAAAAUUACACGGAAAAUUCCAAUUUUUCUUCAUAGUUUUAUAAUUUUCUCUGCUACAGACGUCUUCGACUUGCCACUACAUUAUACGACUAUUAACCGUGAGGAAAAAUGAAGAGAAUUUUUUAAACGACAAUGCAAGUCCUGUGCAACACGGUGGGGCUGAUGACUAACUGAUAGAGUGGCUUAUCUGUAUGACGGGUUGAGGUGAACACCAGUGGCUGGCGAUCUGCACAUGCGGCUGCAGUUUUAAGUUUUACUGGGAAAAAAUCAAAUCGCGAUUGCUCAACUCAACUGGUGAAGGAGCUUCAUUUUAAUUUUUUUUUCAUUGCCCGGAGUGUAAAUAUGGAGAAGAAAGGGUUCUGUGUGAUGAUGCUGUUGGCGUUUUUGCCAAAUGGAGUUUUAUCCUUGUUUCUACGUGAAUUAAUUUUUCCGCGAAUACCAACAUUGAAUAGAGUUCGGGCAAUCACUGAGGCGCGAUCCAUCGAGCGAGACUAUGCAGUACUAGACUUUAUUGGACUCGUUGAGAAACAUGGGUAUCCCGCACAGGAGCACAAGGUUGUCAGCAAAGAUGGAUACAAAUUGGUAAUCCACAGGAUCCCAGGCAGCCCGAUGUCUCCUCCACGAAGUGGAAAGCCUGUUGUCCUCCUCCAACACGGGAUAUUCGGGUCCUCCGACCACUGGGUCCUCAUGGGGCCGCAGAAAGACCUCGCAUUCAUGCUAGCUGAUGGGGGGUAUGACGUGUGGAUGAGCAAUGUCAGGGGCAACACCUAUAGCAGAGAACAUGAGGAGUUGUGCCCAGCUGAUCAGCAGUUUUGGCAGUUCAGUUACCACGAAAUGGCGGUUUAUGAUCUACCAGCUGUGAUAGAUUACGCACUGGAGGUAUCCAGAGAGAAGGCGUUGCACUACGUCGGGCAUUCCAUGGGUACAACCAUGACCUUUGUACUUCUUUCUAUGGUACCUGAGUACAACGAUAAAAUCAAACUUGCUGUGGCUCUAGCACCCAUUGCCCUGUGGAAGGUUCAGCCCACCAUACCCAUGACUGUACUCAUGGAGCAGAAUUUCAAUUUUUUCAAGGGGCUUUUGGACAGGAAUAAUAUCGGUGAAUUGUUUCCGCAAACCACUACUAAUGCCAAGUUGGCCAGAGCAAUCUGCAGCGAUGGAACGAUUACUCAAUCGGCUUGCCUGACGCUAAUGUCCGCACUUUCCGGGCACGAUCCGUAUCAAAUUAACUCUACGAUUUUGCCGUACAUGUUCUCAUACUUCCCAGCCGGUGGAUCAGCUCAGACAUUAUACCACUACGCUCAGAAUAUAAGAACAGGUGUUUUCCAGCAAUACGAUUACGGUUACAUCCAAAAUUUCAAGCUGUACAGCCGAAAGCGACCGCCAGUCUACGACGUGAAGAAAAUAACAGCUCCAUUCGCGUUGAUCUAUGGCCCAAACGAUCCAUUGAGCCGGGAAGCGAAUAUCAACGAGCUCGCGAGGAGACUGCAGAACGUAGUGACAGUGGAAAAGGUGCCCUACAAGUAUUUCAAUCAUCUCGACUUUAUAUGGGCACAAGACGCCAGCAAACUCCUGUACGAUAGGAUAAUGGAGUUACUUAAGAGGUUCUGAGGGGUCCGCCGACUGAUAUUUAAAUAUUCAAGUGUAAAUAAAUUCUGUACGUUAUUAUUCGUGACUAUUCACUGGCGUGUUUGUUCAUCUCUGAGGCAAUCAGCAGAUAAAAAUUUAUUCAUAAGAUUGUUCAUGAUUAUAAUGCAGUUGAAAACAGAAAAAGAGGAAGGUCUCACUCAUUCGAUUCAUGUUGACACUUCAACGAAUAUCGACGAGCUAAAUUAAAUAGACGAAAUCAAUUAAUUAUUCGCAAAUGAAUAAUUAUUACAUUAAAAUUAUAUAUAACUGAUUAUGGCUGAAGACCCUCGGGUGAUCCAGUGGGAGAUCCACUUGCAUCUUGUAACGAAUCACGUUGAAAUAUAAAAUAUAGUUGCCAUAAAAGACCUAGUCGGCCGUAAAUGAAUGCAAGAAUACAAAUAAAAAAUAAAAAUUACGUUGAAUAUUAUACUGACUGGAUUCCUUCAAGUUCAAUUUUUAUAGAUAUUGAAUGAUUAUUAUCCUAGCAACCAUUGCCCUGAAUUAUUCCAAUUGACAGCGCCCUGAAAAUAAUCUUAUUCUCUAUGAUCCACGUGUAUCAAAUUCCGAGACCUCGUGAUCUGUCUCCUGACG